UUCAUUUGCAUUGUGUGCAAGCUUUCAGUUUUGUUUCUUCACCUUCCCAAACUCUUCUCAAAGUUGCAAACCUUUAUCGAAGCAAAUUAUUUUAAAAAGAAGAAUCAACCUCCCUAAGAAUGAAGAUGAAGUUGGCUGUCGUUCAAUUUUUCAUUAUCUCUCUUCUCCUCUCAUCUUCUUUGUUUAUGCUUUCAAACGCAGAUUCAUCACCAUGCAAUGGAAAAUGCAAUGCGAGAUGUUCAAAGGCCGGAAGACAAGAUCGGUGUCUCAAGUAUUGCAAUAUAUGUUGCGAGAAGUGUGAUGAUCAUUGUGUUCCUUCAGGCACAUAUGGAAACAAAGAUGAGUGUCCUUGUUACCGCGAUACGAAGAACUCCAAUGGCAAACCCAAAUGUCCUUGAACAUGACUUGAAGAUCAUCCUCUCAUAGACAUCAUAUCUUUAUAUACACACAAAUAUUUACAAUUGUUGUUGACACAUGAAAUAAUGAGUUUGAUAUAUUCCUAUGUAUGAAAAAUGUGUAAGCUCCUGACAAUAAACGAAAUAAUUAUAAUUAGUUAUAUACUAAAGGUGAAGUUUGUGUAUGUAUAUAUGUAUGAAGUAUACAUAGUAGGUUAAU